AUGAUAUUUGUUCAAGUAUAUGUUGAUGAUAUUAUAUUUGGUUCUACUAACGAAAACUUGUGCAAGAAAUUUGCUAAGUUGAUGCAGAAUAACUACGAGAUGAGUAUGAUGGGUGAACUGUCAUUCUUUCUUGGUCUUCAAGUAAGUCCGAAAGAUGAUGGGAUCUUCAUUUGCCAAUCAAAAUAUGUCAAAGCUCUUCUAGAAGACUCUUCACCGGCAAAGACACCCAUGGCCACUCCCACUAAGCUUGACCAGGACAAAUCUGGUAAGAAAGUUGAUAUUUCAAGCUUUAUAGGUAUGAUUGGCUCAUUACUCUAUCUCACUGCUAGUAGACCUAAUAUAAUGUUUGCAACAUAUUUAUGUGAAAGGUUCCAAAAUGAUCCUAAAGAGUCACAUCUUAUAGCUGUUGAAAGAAUUUUUAGAUAUCUUAAGGGUACACCUAUUUUUGGUAUCUGGUACCCUAAGAAUACUGGUUUUGACCUAACAGGCUAUACAGAUUCUGAUUAUGCAGGAUGCAGGAUAGACAGGAAAAGCACUUCUGGAAGCUAUCAGUUUCUAGGACGACGGUUGGUUUCCUAG